UCCGAAAAACUUAACGCCCUACUAAUUAAGCUAGUCGGUAACACCGUACUUACUCGCGUACCCCUCUCGCACCAGACAGCUCCAUCCGCUAAUAAUCUCAAUCCCAUCACCCACACGUCGCCCUCCACUCUUCCCUGUCAAGCCUCGCACUACUACGCAUAAUCGGCUGCGGCAACUUUCAACCACGUAUAAAUGUCAAUGGCACUCAAAUUCUCUUCUUUUUCUUCGGUGUUUAAAGUUCCAUCUGGUUCUUCUAUGUUAAGCUGACGUGGGCCUUCAAUAAUCAGAGGUGACCAAGUGGGAAAGGAUUGGACCAGGUCAGCGACAUGAAUAGCCUGAUGGCGCUGUUUCGGUCGGUAAAAAUAGCCACUAACCGGUGACCACCAAACACCAACUUUUUUCAACAUCUGCAAUGGGAGUGUGAAGAGGGUUGAGGAUGUGCUUUAUUUUCUCGCCAAAAUAUAUAUAACAGAGUCCCUAUCAGUUGCUUUCACUACUUAUAUAUAUAUAUAUAUAUUUCUGUUCUUGGUUGAUUUUCUUCUCUUAUUGUCAAAUUCUCAAAACGCAGAAGAAAGCAAUUCCACCCUCGUUUCCACUACCAAAAAAGAUUCCACGGUUGGUUUGGUAUACAAAGUGUGUGUCUAUAUAUACGGAUAUAUAAUCAUGGGUGGCCUUUCCCAAUUCUAUGUCCACAAUCCUUAUUGGGGUUUUCUCCGUUCAACACCACCAGGUAGGGUUCCGCCUCUGUUCCCGCCAAUUAUGACGCGGAGCUCAGGUUGGGUUUUCCAGUUGUGUGAUUGCUAAGGUUUUUGGGAACAUGGGUUCUUGGUCAUGUCACUGAUUUUUCUUCUCAUUAUGUUUAUGUAAUUUUUUUUGGGAUCUAUUGGGUUUGGGUAGUGGGUAUUGAAUUGAAGAAGAGGUGUGUUUGAAGGUUUAGUUUUCGCCAAGGCCUUGUAAUUUUGUGCAAGCCAUGGCUUUUAGUUGCUGGGGUGCUCUCAAUUCUUGUAAAGGAAAGCGUGGCCGUGGCGAAACCCAGACAGAAGAGCUUGCUACCAACAAUGUAAGACUCUUUUCCUAUAAUUCAUUGAGGUCAGCAACAGGGGACUUCCAUCCAUCAAACAGAAUAGGCGGUGGUGGUUUUGGAGUUGUCCAUAGGGGAGUUUUAAGGGAUGGAACCCGGGUUGCCAUCAAGUCUCUCUCUGCUGAAUCAAAGCAAGGGGCAAGCGAGUUCUUGACAGAGAUUAAUAUGAUAUCAAAUAUCCGGCAUCCAAACCUUGUCCAACUUGUUGGAUGUUGUGUUGAGGGCAGUAACCGGAUAUUGGUAUACGAGUAUCUUGAGAACAACAGCCUUGCCAGUGUUUUACUUGGUUCAAAAGGUAAACAUGUUACUCUAAAUUGGCCUCAGAGAGCUGCUAUUUGUAUGGGCACAGCUUCUGGUCUUGCUUUUCUUCAUGAGGAAGCUGAACCGCAUAUUGUCCACAGAGAUAUAAAGGCCAGUAAUAUACUUCUUGAUGAGAACUUUCAUCCUAAAAUAGGAGACUUUGGACUGGCUAAACUCUUUCCAGACAAUGUCAGUCACAUUAGUACUCGAGUGGCAGGAACAAUAGGAUAUCUUGCUCCGGAGUAUGCCUUGUUAGGACAGCUUACAAAGAAGGCGGAUGUAUAUAGCUUUGGGGUGCUUAUUCUCGAAAUAAUAAGUGGCAGCAGCAGUAGUAAGUCAGCAUUUGGUGAGGAUAUGCUGGUUCUGGUGGAAUGGACAUGGAAGCUGAGAGAAGAAGGAAGGCUUCUAGACAUUGUUGACACGGAACUGGCUGAAUACCCCAAGGAUGAGGUUUUGCGGUUCAUGAAAGUUGCGCUCUUUUGUACCCAAGCAGCUUCUCACCGUAGACCCGCCAUGAAGCAGGUAGUGGAGAUGCUUUCCAAAGAGGUGAACCUGAAUGAGAAGUUGUUAACAGAGCCAGGAGUAUAUAGGACGCAUACCUCUCGGAGUCGGCAAUUGAGUGGCAGUGCUUCAGAGGAAGCAUCAUCCUCCCAGGCAUAUAAAGGCAAGCAAUUUGUAGAUGAUACUUUUGCAACUACAACCCAAUUAAGUAUUUCCGACAGUGUGACACAGAUGUUUCCAAGGUGAAGAUAAGAGUGACUAAAGGAUUAGGGUUUUGGAGAUGAAUGUUAACGAGUGACUAAAGGUAGGAUCUUGUGAUCAAUGGGCAUUAGUCCGGAUAGUUUGAUAUCUCCUCCCCAAAGGGGAGGUUGACGAGCCUUGUUAGGGACAAUAUCGUGGUGUGAAGUGUGCAUUUGAAAUGUUGAUUUACACUUCUCAUCAGGAAAUUCAUUGCAGCUGCACAUUUUCUUGCCAACUUGGCUAUUCAACGAAUAUCAAAUGCCUUUUUAUGUAACAUGAGCCAUAUCAUGAGGAUUAAUUGCAUAUUGUUAGAGUAGAUUGUAUUUUUAUUGAAAUGUUUUCGUCAAUAUAAAUUUGCCCUCGCUAUGUAUAUGAUUGGACCAUUGUACAUAAAGUUCUAAGCUUCGUAGUUCAUA